AUGGAUGAGGAAGAAUUAUGUUGUUUAUCGAAAUUAGUAAUCAAACUUUUCAAACAAAAAUCCUCUAAAAAAUAUUCGAAUAUCGCUGCGCCGUUAUUACCAACCGAAUGCAUGCAACAAAUUUUUCAGCACAUAGUCGAUCAAGGAGUGGGUCUAUAUCCAUUCUUGCUGGUAAAUCGUUAUUGGUGCAAAAAUGUUGUACCUUUCUUAUGGGCUCGACCAUUUGAAGGAUUAUUACCAGAAAAUCGUUAUAAAAUAAUGUUAAUUUAUCUUUCUUCCCUCAAUGAACGAGAGAAAUCUGAAUUGAACAAUUCUUUGAGACCCUUUAUGAUCUCUUUACCUGAUUUACGACCACCUUUAUUUAAUUAUCCAAUGUUUUUAGAAGAAUUCUCUUAUAAAAAUCUAGAGAUGGCUGUACACUCUUGUAUAUAUAGAUGGAAUAGUGUGACACGACAGAGAGAUCAAAUUCUUGUAUUAUCAACCGCUUUAUGUAAAUUAUUUCUAAGAAAUUCUGAAGAAUUAAAAACAUUUAUAAUAGAUAAAUUUUUAAGUCAUUCUGAUAUACCAGAUUCCUCAAUAUUCAAUACCGUUCAACCUGGUCUAAAAAAUAUUUCAAACCUUUCUAUAGACUAUACGAAACCUAUGAUGGAUAAUACCAUUAGACUUUUAGAAUUGAUUCCUUUUACAUGCACAAAAAUUCGUUGUUUAGAUAUAAAAAUUCCUUUCUUUGAAACUAAUCCGGAUGUAAUAAAAGCAAUAAUUAAAAUAAUACAGGCACAAGAUUGUCUUCUCGAAUUUAAUCUUGAAGGAGUUAGAAGUGGAGAAUCAAAGGACAUUAUCCAAGCAUUACAAACCCAAACGGGUACUUUAACUUCCAUAAAGUUAGAGAAUAUUCACUUAAGUACAUCAUCAUUAUUAUCACUUAAAACUUGCCCGAAUCUUCAAAGUUUAACAAUUUUGCAAUCAAUAAUUCGGUCAGCAGGUGACUUCUUAAUAGAAUUAAGUUUUGAUGUUAUAACAAAAGAAACCGUAGAAUCAACAACAACACAUUGUCCAAAUAUAACAAACUUACAUCUUUUAAAUUUUCUUCCCCAACACAACGGUUUAUUAAACGAUUUAUUUCAAGGUCUAUCUAAAAUUAAGAAACUUACUUUAUCGAUAUAUCAUACGCAUGUGAACAGGGAAAAUAUGAUUAUAUCAGGAAGAGAAUUACCAGUCACUUUAGAAUAUUUAAAAUUACGAUGUGUCAUUACGAGAUUUGCAAGAUCAAGAAGAACUUUGAAAUAUUUGGGUAUUGGUGGAAGAAUUGGUUGGAGUGUUAGAGAAAUGAAAGAAUUAGAGAUGUUGAAACAAAAAUUUGGAGUAAAUUUAAUUCCGUGGGAUGAAAUUGAUAGAUGGUAA